AUGCGGACCAAGCUAGACAAGCAAAUUUCUCUGGAGAUAUACGCAUGCAUCUUCAGUAACGAUGCCAUGGGGCUGCCGCUGCUGAGCCCCUACCUGCAGUCCGUCGGCUCCGACUUCGACCGGCACGGCGCCAACUUCGCCACGCUCGCCUCCACGGCGCUGCUGCCCAACACCUCGCUCUUCGUCACCGGCAUCAGCCCCUUCUCCCUCGCCAUCCAGCUCCGGCAGAUGAAGGAGCUCAGCGACAGAGCCAUCGCCGCCGGCGGCACCAGUGGUAAAGGAAAAAAUCUUCCCCCGCCCAGUGUUUUCGGCGAUUCUCUGUACACCAUCGACAUUGGCCAGAAUGAUUUCACCUCCAACCUGGCGUCCCAGGGCAUCGAGGCUGUCAAGCGAACUCUUCCUUCAGUUAUCAGCCAGAUCUCACAGACGAUACAGGACUUGCACAGCACUGGUGGUGCUCGCAAGUUCAUGGUGUUCAACAUGGCGCCGAUCGGGUGCUACCCGGCUUUUCUAGUGGAAUACUCAUCCAGAUCGUUGCUGCCUACUCGUACCUACCUAUGAAUGAAGCACCUGCUCAACGAAUGAAGAAUAACAGAGCACCCCAGCAAAAUCACCAAACCCAUGGGAGAAUAAUCAUUCCCAGGAUGAUACCAUUGGCCAAACAUAGCAUCCAAUCACAGAACUGGAUUAACAAGAUCUGAGAAAUGCAGAUGAAGUAGAUCACAUUCUUUGCAAAUUUGAACUAACAAACACAUAUUUUAGAAUCACAUAAUAUGUAGCCACUUCACCUUCAGCUAGUCCACAUCAACCAACCCAACUAUAACUCAGAAUCACAUCAAACAGAGCCGAAGGCAUAAUUGGAUUCACCGAAUCCCUGUAGAAACGUGCAAAAAAACCUGAAUCACACAGCGACCAAACAAAAAUAACAGACCACGCCAGCAAAAUCACAACACACAUGGGACACUGCAUCAUGCAUCCAUGACUGCAACAGGGCUACAUGCGGCAGGAACACCAUUGCAGAAUCACAGGGGAAUGAAGUAGCAAACAGUAGAACUGGAGGGCAGAAUUAGCAUCACAUGAUAACUGAACUUCCAUUGCCAUUUCAUUCGAACAUCACGAUCCAUAGGAA